AACCCUCGGUGCUUGUUAGCUGGCAUUUCAGAGUGAAACACCGUCAACAUGGCAAAUCUCUUCACUGCUGUGGCCGUGCUGGCCGUGCUCUCCGGCGGGUUAUGUGAGGAGAAAGUGUUUAUGCAGCGAGCAGGUGCGGCCUUCAGCAGCCGACAGUACAGAUCUCUGCUCACUGUGAGCAACGGAGAGCAGUUUGGGAACUGGACCUGGCCCGAGAUGUGUCCUGACACGUUCUUUGCUGUCGGCUUCAGCAUCAGGGUGGAGUCAAACCAGUACGGGGGGGACGACACAGCUCUCAAUGGAAUCCGCCUCAUCUGUGCCAAAGAUGAGGACCGAAGCUUCCUGUACUCUGUUGAAUCCCACACGGGCUAUUUCGGUGACUGGUCCCAGCCCCAGUACUGCCCCAAUGGCAUCCUCACCUCGUUCCAGAUCAACGUGGAGCCCCAUCAGGGUCUGUUCGGAGACGACACGGCCGUCAACAACAUCAAGUUCCGCUGCAGCAGCAACCCGACGCUGGAGGGGCCCGGCACCAGCUGGGGGGAGUACGGCUUCUGGAGCCAGGAGUGUGUCGGUGGAGGAAUCUGUGGCAUCGAGACCAAGGUGGAAGAAUACCAGUACGCCCUGGACGACUCCAGCCUCAAUGAUGUGCGCUUCCAUUGCUGUGCCAAGCCUCCGCAGUAAUCGGCAGGAAAACAUCAAUCAGAUGAUUCAGUCCGUCUCCAUCGUCCUCGAAGCUGGCAGAUAAUAAAAUGCUCGUUUGAACGGCUG